CGAGGCGGGUCAUGUGACGGCUCCUGCUUCCUUCCCAGCUGCGGGGGGCUGUGACCAUGGGGCCCGGGCGCCGACUCCUGCUGCUGGCCGCGGCGCUCCUGCCGCUGGAGGCCUACGCCGGCGCCCGCUCCUUCCAGGUGGAUUACACCCACGACUGCUUCCGCAAGGACGGCGCCCCCUUCCGCUACGUCUCGGGCAGCGUCCACUACGCCCGCGUCCCGCGCCCCGCCUGGCGCGACCGGCUCCGGAAGAUGUACAUGAGCGGCCUCAACGCCGUGCAGGUCUACGUCCCCUGGAAUUACCACGAGCCACUGCCCGGGGUCUAUGACUUCUCUGGGGACCGAGACCUGGGAAGCUUCCUGGACCUGACGGCAGAGCUGGGCCUCCUGGUGAUCCUGCGGCCCGGGCCCUACAUCUGCGCCGAGUGGGAGAUGGGUGGCCUCCCUGCCUGGCUGCUGUGGAAACCAGACAUUGUCCUUCGCUCCUCUGACCCAGAUUACCUGCAGGCCGUGGAUUCCUGGCUGGACGUCCUGCUGCCCAGGAUCAAGCCCCGGUUGUACCAGAAUGGAGGGAACAUCAUCAGCAUCCAGGUGGAGAACGAAUACGGGAGCUACUCCGCCUGCGACUACGACUACCUGCGUCACCUGCUGGCCGCCUUCCGCGCCCGGCUGGGGCCCGACGUGCUGCUCUUCACCACCGACGGCAACAGCGCCCCCGAGCUGCGCUGCGGCACCCUGCAGGGGCUCUACGCCACCGUGGACUUCGGGCCAGGCCCCAAUGUCACAGCCGCGUUUGCCCCUCAGCGACUCUAUGAACCCAAGGGACCUCUGGUGAACUCGGAGUACUACACGGGCUGGCUGGACUACUGGGGAGAGCCGCAUGCCAGCAGCAGCCCCGCCCAGGUGGCUCAGGGUCUCCAGGACAUGCUGCAGCUGGGAGCCAACGUCAACAUGUACAUGUUCCAGGGAGGCACCAACUUCGGCUACUGGAGCGGUGCCGACUACAAGGGCCAAUACAAGCCAGUCACCACCAGCUACGACUACGAUGCGCCGCUCUCGGAGGCCGGCGACCCCACCGAGAAGCUGUUUGCCAUCCGGACGGUCAUCAGCAAGUUCCAGCCCCUGCCUGAGGGUCCGAUGCCGCCCGCCACCCCCAAGUACGCCUACGGCUCCGUGCCCCUGCGGAAGCAGGGCGAGGUGCUGGAGCUGCUGGACGUGCUGUGCCCCAGCGGGCCCAUCCGGAGCCGGUUCCCCCUCACCUUCGAGGCCGUGAAGCAGGCUCACGGCUUCGUCCUCUACCGGACUCGCCUGCCCCGGGACGUCUGGGAUCCAGCCCCUCUGAGCUCCCCUCCCAACAGCGUCUGCGACCGCGCCUACGUGCUGCUCAACGGGGAGUACCAGGGGAGGCUGGAGCGCGACGGGCAGACAACACUGAACCUCACGGGCCAGGCUGGUGCCACGCUGGACCUGCUGGUGGAGAACAUGGGCAGGAUCAACUUUGGUGUAAACACCAGCGACUUCAAGGGCCUGCUCCGGAAUCUCUCCCUGGACUCGGCUCUGCUCAGCGACUGGCUGAUUUACCCCCUGGACGUGGACGCGGCCGUGGUGCGGGGCUGGCCCCUGCCCACCCCCCAGGCUGAGGGGAGCAGGGCCACGCUGCGGCCGGCUCUCUAUACGGGGACCUUCCAGACCCCUGGCAUCGCCUGGGACACCUUCGUGAAGUUCCCAGGCUGGAGCAAGGGCCAGCUCUGGAUAAAUGGCUUCAACCUGGGCCGGUACUGGCCGGCACAGGGGCCCCAGCAGACGCUCUUCGUGCCCGGCUCCCUGCUGCACGCUUCGGCCCCCAACAACAUCACCCUGCUGGAGCUGGAGGGGGCCCCCCCCAGGCCCUUCCUGCUGUUCCUGGACCGGCCCCUGCUCAACCGGACCGCCAGCCCCGGGACUGGGGCCAAGCUGCUGACUCCCUAACACGCCCCCCCCAGUGUCUCCUGGGCCCCAGAGGGCUCACCCUGGCCCAGCUGUGCGGAGGGCAGGGCCUGGGGGCCCCUUGCAGCCGCAGAGGCGGGGGGCAGCGUUGCUCCUGGUGAAAUAGCAGGUACUGGCUGGGGCAGGGCUGCCCAGAACCUCAUCAUGGCCCCCCACAGCUGGGCCAGCCCCCAGCGGGCAGAGUCUGUCCCCCCACCAGUGGAAGACCCCAAGUGCCGCCCCUGGGGCCCGGCAGGCGCCCGGCCCAGCUGCCUGCAGCAGGACGAGCCGAGGGGCCCCCGUGCCCCGCAGAAUGGAGACACAGCGUUCACUGCCUGCGGCUUUGGCUUGCCCUUUAUUGCCCGGUGCGGGGUGUGUUGCGGCCACGUGCCGCGGGGGCUACUCCUGCGGCGCUGGUUUCCCGCCUGCCGACUCCCCCCCCAGGCUGGGCACCAAGGGUUACAUUUUAUUACCUGGUAAAACAAAGAAAAUCUCGUGCCUUC